GUUGAGGAGCGGUUGGUUCCCUUCUGCUCAAAGUAGCUGUUUUCUCCCCAGUUUUAAACCCUCUACCAUCGUCAAACAGCCAAACUGAGUAGAUUCUUCCCGAGCACAGGCGAUAACCGGUGUUUACAAGCCGGUGCUAACUGUAGGAUUAAAUACUCAGGCCUGGAAAAUCACCCGAAGUGACAUUUUUUGACCAAACACGAACCAGAAUGCGUUGCUUCACACAGAAUCUGGGUUUGGCUUGUUUUUUUAUACACAUCACGUCGGCUGCAGGUCAGGUUUUGCAGCAGAUAGAGUCGCUGUCUGUACCUACAGCGCACAUCCCUCCCCCUGCAGCCAAGUAGCCUAUCAUAUGUAAAACUGCCAACAAAACUCCAGGCCGUGCUCUUCAAUCUGCUACUGUGUCUGGUCAUAUUUUACUCCCUUUUCUACAUGAUUGGGAGUGUGUGCUUCGGUGCUUUCAGGUUGGAUCACUUUGACGGACUGAUUCCAUUUGACUUUAAGACCGAACCUGCUGAAUCCAACUCCAAGUACUUGGUGAAUCUCCUGUCCAUGGAGCUCACCUACUUUUGCAGCGGCCUUCUGUUUGCCGCAGUGGUGAGGAGGCGCGUUUGGGACUACGCCGUCACAGUCACACUUGUGCAUAUAAUGAUCACCAGCCUAGUGAUGUUGGAGUUUCCCAUUGUGUGGCAGUGGUGGCUGGCUUUAGGUAGCGGCUUGUUUCUGAUGAUCUGCAAUGGUCAGCUGAUUGCUUACUUCACCUGCCAGAGUGACCAGAGCUACGCCUCCUUCAGCCUCUACUGAAACUUGGUCUCUACUAAGACAGAAAGCUACUCUGUGUAUUAGCUGUUUCAGUCAGUCUUGUGAAGUGAGGUAGAAAAGAUGAGAACAGAUGUUCUCUUCCUGGAGACACCAUUAGAUUCUCCUCAGUGAUGGGCUUUUUCUGUUUGUCACUAAAAAAAAAGACUCCUCACCGUUUCCUUACCGUGACAUUAAGUCAAAGCUGGGUCCAAUUUGUGUUUUCGGGUUGCCAACAGACUGGCAUCCUAUUGUGUACAUGUAAAUGCCACAAUGAGAUGUUGUCUGUGUUUUGCUUUUGAUGCACAAUGCCUCUGUGACUAUGCAGGAUAUAGGGGCACCCUGUAAAGUAUUUUCAUUACUUUUGUAAGCUGAGAAUGUAACAGUAGAAUGGGAAAGUUGCAAUAUAAUGUUUAUUGUAUAUUUUAAAGAUAUAAAUGAAAAGUGUUAAAAUAAAUAAAACUGCUUCAGAUUGA